AUGAUCAAAAAUGUCGCAUACGGACGUGGAAACAACUUGUUGGACAUUUAUAUUGGCGGCCCCUCGCCUGCUGUGACUUCACUCAGCAGCCAUGCCGAUGAUGAUGCAGAAUCGGACCACACCGUCGAGUCGAACGGAAACCCAGUGAUCAUUUAUGUCUAUGGAGGCGCGUGGGAUUCGGGUCAUAAGAGCAUGAUGAUGCCCAUGGCCCAGAACCUCGCCAACCAAGGAUACAUUGUGAUCGUCCCUGAUUACACACGGUACCCUCAGGCCAAGAUUGAGGGUAUGGUCCGGGAUGUUCAGGAUGCUGUUGUGUGGACGUCGCAGAACGCGACUCGGUAUGGAGGUGACCCAUCGAACAUCUACCUCAUGGGCUCUGGAUCUGGUGCGCAUGUCGCUUCAUUGGCGAUUAUGAAUGAUGCGAUUGAGCAACUGGGAGGUAUCCCUGCCCCCGCUGUCGAAGGUGACAGCUCGCCUUUGGUCAAGAUCCCCUCGUGGCCCGAUCAACUUGCCAACUUGCACACCACCGCCCAGCAGCAACAAAAACAGCCUCGACUCAAGGAGCGUGUCCAGGGAUUGAUCCUCUUCUCGGGAGUGUUUGAUAUCACAUUCUACUAUGCAUACCUACACAAGCGCGGAAUCGAGGAGGUCUCGGCGAUGCCCCGAGUGAUGCACCAUUCUGCCAACAACUACCUCGCCUGCUCGCCUUCCUGGAUUCUGUCGACCGCGACCGAGAACUUGCAACAGCCCGAGUUGUUGGAGCAGGUCCUCCCCAAGACUAUUCUUAUCGUCCAUGGAGAGCAGGACCGGCUCAUCCCUGCACACUCGUCCCAGACCCUGUUCAACCUGCUCUGUGCGGCUGAGAUCCCUAACAUCAAGUUCAAGGUCUACACUGGCCAGUCGCAUCUCGACCCUGCGAUUGAUUUGAUCCUGCCGUCCAACGCGAUCACGGCAGCGUUGUUGAACGAUAUUGCGGACGUUGUGCGACCCUCGAUGGUUCCUGGAACCGGUGCCAGUACACCGAACAGUGGGGUUGAUGAUGGACAGGGCGGCGAGGAGGAGCAUCAGAUGUUGAAGCAGCAGCAGGAUCAGUACACCAAGGACUUUUCUGCCUCCCUCAUGAGGGACUCUGCUCUCGUGUUUUAA